AUGUGCUCCCAUAUACACAAGAAGCCCAAGCUUGAGGAUCCUCAUGAAGAAGUAGUUUUGAGCGGAGUUUCUCCUUCAGCAUCCGAGUCUGAAGUAUCAGCUGGCACAAGUGUGGAGGCGGAGAAGAAGCCCAAAGCCAAGAAGAACCGCUGCUUAACCUGCCGCAAGAAAGUUGGUCUGACAGGCUUUGACUGCAGAUGUGGAAAUAUAUUCUGCAGCACACACAGAUACUCAGACAGACACAACUGCACCUUUGACUACAAAGCUGAUGCUGUAGAGAAGUUGAAGAAGGAAAACCCUGUCGUAGGUGGAGAGAAGAUCCAGAAGAUCUGA